CUUUAAGCCCGCAUUUACAACUCAAACACCGAGGUCAACGCCGUCGCCGGAUUACCGCGAUGACGGAUCUUGGAAAGCGUCCCUUGGCAAUACCUCAGAGAGGCUGACAAGUUCGAUACAAAAUGGGUGCAAGAAGGUUGAAAUCAAGGUGUAAGAGGCGUCUCAAGACCAUAACUUGGUGACGUAUUCACAUUCUCUUUAUCAGCGACCUCCCACACACCUUGGUAUGGCCACAAACAAUGCCCAUGACUCGCUCAAAAAUCAAAGGUUGAAAGUAUUUUGAAGAGGUUCCGAAUUUUUUCAGACACCAACGUCGGUGGUGGCAUCUUUUAUUUUACUUCAAAAAAAAACUUUAUCCUCGAGCGCUAUGAAAGGGUCAAUAUCGUGGUUUGCAUCGCAAACCUCUUUGUUGUUGACAGUGAGUUUGAGAUAAUAUGGUAAAGAUAACAAAAUCGAUGAAUCCCAGCGGUGGUCGAAGAGUUCUGAGUGAAUAACAUCAACUGUUCUGUGUGUGUGUGUUUACAAUCACAUUGCUUAUCACAAGUAGAGUGAGGAAUGGCGAUAAGAACGCCCAUUUUGGGCACCUGUGUUAAGACCCCGUAGGAAAAAUAGUACAUUGUAAUUCUCUACCUGCAAAGGGCUGUGCGCUUGACAUACGAAUACGUGUGCUCCGCAAGAGUCAAUCUUCUGGAAAGCUCCAAAUUGUCAAAGUGAAUAUAAACCAGUUCUACUAGAAAAAGAAGUGUUCACGCAAUUUCCUAAGGGAGCACCACCGCAAGAUUCCAAUGAAAGUCUUGGUCUGAGUGGCAGUGGCGCUGAAACUGGGAUCAAUGAGUCUCAGAAGAAUAUAUAUUCCUAUAAUAUUAUCUGCGGUGCUUUACCGGUAUCUGUGGGUGUACAUUGUAAUCGUUUAUCUAUAGGUUUCCAGAUAGUUCAUUUGGUAUAGGUUUCUUUUGUUUAUAAUACUCAUUCUUUUCUCCUUAUUAUGCAAGUUUACUUAAUUAUAUUUACAUAAAUUCUAUAAAAUGCGAUAGAAAGAUACUGCUGAAAAUAAGUUGUAAUCAAUUCUUAGUGUAUAAUAAAUUUAUUGAAAAAUAUUUUAUGUAUUACUUUACUUUACAGAAAUGAAAAUGUCGAACUAGGAUUACUCCUCAGAAAGUUUUGGAUUGCAGUCUUUUAUGGAUGCAUUUGUUAUCAGGUUCAUAUCGGCAACACAUGAAUAUCUAAAUGUGUGUUUUUACAUAUCUUCUUGGUUUCCCUUUCCCUCUCUGUGUUUAGGUGUGGGGUGUUACGUUUUGACAGUAAAACAUACAAAUAAAAGUUGUAUUAAACACACACACCACGCGAAGUUUUCACACUUUUUUUUGUACCCGACCUUUUGGCUAUUAUGCGUACUGCCGAAAAUAAUAAUCCUGAAGAGGAUCAAUUCCUCCCGAUCGAUUCAGUAAACCACUUAACAAAUCUAAACGAAAAAACAAAUAGGCCAAAUAUUCCAUACAAGAAACUGCCGGAAGAAAAACAAUGUAGUUUGGAUAGUAAUAGUCGUAACGAGGAUUCACUCGAAAAUGGCACCGAUCCAAUUUCAAAAAAAGUCCCAAUAACAUCACACAGUUUGAAUUCAUUGUCGACAAAUACAGACAAACCCUUCACCAUUCAUAUUAAUGAUCUCCCCACACUAAUCUCCAGCGCGGAGCCGUUUGUGAAUCCACAACAACUAUUCCCCCAGUCCGGUUUGUUAUUCUUGGAUGUGACCUCUCAAGAAUAUGGGACGCAGGUAUCGAAGUCGCAAAAACAGAAAUACACCAAAUUGAUAACAGACUAUGAAUCUGAGCGCGAGGGGCUACGUAAAAAGCUAAAAAUAUAUCGAAUUAAUAUCGUUCGAUCUUCUCAGACCGCAACCAAACGCCUGAAAAACGAGAAGCAGAGCACGACAACGGAGGACAUAGUAUCUACGGAGGAAUCGGUUUCUGAUCAGAGACAGACGACAAUCCUCUCGGCCUCACAUCCUGAGAUCGGCAUGAUUAACCAAAUUUCCACAGCCACUGGAUCCGAAAGCAGCAACCGGAAAUGCGAUGAUGCUGAUGAAAAGCGAAUGAAUUCCGAAAAAAUCACAACAAUGGUGAAUGCGAUCGCAUUACUGACGAAACAAAUAGCAGACACCCGAUAUACGCUAAAAAAUAUGUCUUCACAGUCAUCACCGUCUGUACUGUUGUUACCCUCUCCGUCUAACGGAUUGGUGCGCGUCUACGCGAACCACCAUUACCGUACUGUAAAAUUCAUAGGUGAACAUUUGUGUCUGACAGGAAGGCUCGAACCUUUUUUCGUAGAUCCACGCAUGUGUAAUAUCGAUUUAUUUUCCUCCCAACAUUCUGAAGUUUUAUCUAACAAAUUGGAAAAUGAUCUAACCCAUAAAAAUACCGAAUGUUGCAACGACACUUCAAGAAAUAGAAGGACACGGAAAAUGAACCAUGAGCCCCAGGAAAGUGAAAAUAAAUGGAUUGGAUUAGAAAUGCUUGGGAUUCGUAAUUACUUGAAGACACAUCCAGGUUCUAUUGCUGAAGAAUUUUUCGAACUUCCAACGGAGGAAAGGGCAGCCUAUACCACAAGGACGCUUUGAAUUUGCAUGUGAAUUUAAUGAAGUGAUUCACGCUUGAUAGGUAUCCUGUGUGUUUGUUUUAGUCGUCUCUUAUCGAAGUUCUUCUUCAUUUUAAAAACCUUUCAUGGUUAUAAUAAUCGUAUCCUUGCUAGCACUGUAGCUCUCUCUCUCUCUCUAUUAUGCAUACA